CGAGGUUGGCGAGGACUAAGGCAUCCGCGCACCACAUGUUGACAGGGAGAAGGCGGAGCGGUCUGUAGCAAGUCAGCUGUGAGUGAGACGUCUCUCUGCCGCACCUUCAGUUAUUCCACCCACCGCUGCUGCCUUAACGUGGAGCCAUGGCCAAUGACAACCUCUCCGCGGUGCUCUAUGCCAAGAAUGAUCUAAGGAUGGAAAACCGUCCGAUUCCAGAGCCUGGUCCUAAUGAGGUUCUUCUCCACAUGAGUUGUGUUGGUAUAUGUGGAUCUGAUGUCUCAUAUCUGAAGAGGGGAGCCAUUGGUGACUUUAUUGUCAAGGCACCAAUGGUUUUGGGUCAUGAAUCAUCUGGAGUAGUUGCCAAAUGUGGUAGUAAUGUGAAGAAUCUAAAACCAGGUGACCGGGUUGCCAUUGAGCCAGGUGUGCCCUGCAGGAUGUGUAACUUCUGCAAGAGUGGGAAGUACAACCUGUGUCCUGAUGUAGUCUUCUGUGCCACCCCGCCGUACGAUGGGAGCCUGUGUCGCUAUUACAAACAUGCUGCUGAUUUUUGUUUCAAAUUACCUGAUCAUGUCUCCUUGGAGGAGGGAGCCAUCCUUGAACCAUUAAGUGUCGGAGUUCAUGCUUGCCGCCGAGCUGGAGUCACCAUGGGCUCAAAUGUGUUGGUAUUAGGAGCAGGACCAAUUGGUUUAGUCAGCUUGCUCACUGCCAAAGCAAUGGGAGCAUCUCAGAUUUGUGUUACAGAUAUUGCUGAGAAUCGGUUGCAUGUUGCUAAAAGCAUGGGAGCAGAUCACACUGUCUUGGUUAAAGGCGGCAACCUGGAGGCACUGGCUGAGGAAAUAAAGAAGCUGAUGGGAGACAUGCCAGAUGUUACCAUUGAAUGUAGUGGAGCUGAAUCAAGCAUUCACUUGGGAAUUGUGGCUACAAAAUCUGGCGGAGUGUUGGUGUUGGUUGGGCUCGGUCCAAGUGAAGUCAAGGUUCCCAUAGUUAAUGCUGCAACAAGAGAAGUUGACAUUCGUGGCAUAUUCCGUUAUGUCAAUUGCUAUCCACUUGCUUUGGACAUGAUUGCAUCAGGGAAGAUUAAUGUGAAACCUCUUAUCACACACCGCUUCAAGCUGGAGGAGUCCAUCAAGGCAUUCGAGACUGCUGCCACUGGUUCUGGAGGAGCCAUCAAGGUCAUGAUUUCAUGUGAAUAACACUGCAUUGGAUCCUCAAGAUGUGUCUACAUACAGAUGAACCCAAAAUAAUCUGGAAAAGUGACAUUUGUGUAAAUAUUUUAUAGAGUUUAUGAUGAAAAAUAUCUUUGCCUCAAAAUAAAACUUGCCAUAUUAACAUGAAACAGCCAUGUUUGUGUUGUUAUAGUUUUCACCAGCCUGGAUUGAUUAGAUAUAGGAAAAAUGGGCAUGGAGAGUGGGGUGGGGGCAAAUUAUGGCUACAUAUUCAUGGAGUUGGAGAUAAAAACAACAACAUUCAGGAAAUAUUGAUGGAAAUGCUGAAGGAACAAUAUUCAGGAAAUAUUGAUGGAAAAGCCAAGACAACACAAUUACUAAGAAUAGGUGUCUAAAUCAUCUUAAGUAAUACAUCUUUUUACUCCCUGAUCCUUGAAAGUCAGAAACUGCACUAGUAUAAAACAAAAACCAAUUAGAAGAUUAACUGAAAAGUACAAAUUAAGACCACACAUGCCUGCUUUAAGAUAUUUCAAGUGAGCAAUCUUUAGGCACUGUAAAUAUAUAUAUAUAUAUAUAUAUAUAUAUAUAUAUAUAUAUAUAUAUAUAUAUAUAUAUAUAUAUAUAUAUAUAUAUAUAUAUAUAUAUAAUUUUUUUUUCCCAAAGAUUAUUGAUGAUUCACUAGUUGAAUAAGCUGUACAGACAUAUUUUCACAAAGUACGCACAUGUGCUUGUCCAUUUUUCAAUACAAAUUGAGAUUAAAAAGAUUUUGUGGUAUGCAUAAUGAAUUUCUCAGUUGAUAAAUUCUACCAAAUUACUUUUUUUUUUUUUUUUUCAUAACUGAGUUGUAAGAUUUUCAGAAAUAAGAGUGAGAAACUAUAGUGCACAUUUAUACUGUUAUUUCAUAACUGGAUAGCUUUUUAUUAAAAAAAAACAUUGUGGCUAAAUCAAAUGUAAUUAUUUUUCUUUCUAGUUUUUAAAUCUUUAUUGAUGCUAGGAGUGGUGAAACAAAGACAGAAAAGGAAAUGUAACUUUGUUACAAAGGUUAAAUAAAGAAGAAAAGUUACACACAA